AUGAACCAACAACGGAAAAAGGAAGACAGGGAGGCAGGAAAGGCAGAUCGGGAGGAAGAAAGGGGAGGUAGGGAGGUGGGGAGGUGGGAUGGGGAGAUGGGGAGGUGGGGAGAUGGGGAGAUGGGGAGGUGGGGAGGUGGGGAGGUGGGGGAGGUGGGAAGGGGAGAUGGGGAGGUGGGAAGGGGAGAUGGGGAGGUGGGAAGGGGAGAUGGGGAGGUGGGAAGGGGAGAUGGGGAGGCGGGAAAGGGGAGAUGGGGAGGCGGGAAAGGGGAGAUGGGGAGGCGGGAAAGGGGAGAUGGGGAGGCGGGAAAGGGGAGAUGGGGAGGCGGGAAAGGGGAGAUGGGGAGGCGGGAAAGGGGAGAUGGGGAGGCGGGAAAGGGGAGAUGGGGAGGCGGGAAAGGGGAGAUGGGGAGGCGGGAAAGGGGAGAUGGGGAGGCGGGAAAGGGGAGAUGGGGAGGCGGGGUAGCAGUGGCAGGCAGGGGAAAAGCCGAGGCUGGUAGGGGAGAUCGGAAGGCGCGCAGGGGAGUUUGGGGCGCGGGAAGGGGAGAUGGCGACGAAAGGCAAACCCUGUUGGGGAGGCGUGAAGGGGAGAUGGGGAGGCACGACGAGGAGGAGAGGCACGACGAGGAGGAGAGGCACGACGAGGAGGAGAGGCAAGGGAAGUAG